GGGUGGCUGGGGCGAGCGGCGGAGCGCGCCGGGCGGCGGGAGCGGCGCUGGGCAUGGGACGGGACGGGGCGCCGCCCCGGCGGGGACCUGAAUCACCAUUGUGAGAGAGGAAUCUCCCAAGCAUACUGUGGAUUUUUUGUCUGCAUGUGCAAUUGGAUUAUCUGCCUUUUACUGACCCACCCAAAAAAAUAGAAGGAGGGUCAAACAAAAGUCGUUGACUUGUCACUUCUGCAUAAGAACUGGCUGGAUUUUUUAGCCCCUGCUGGAGAAGCUACCUAGACCAUUAGAAAUGGAGCAGCUCAUGCUGCACCUCUGCUGAGCAAGGCUUUCUGCUUGGAGCAUGAGCAUCAGGGUGCCUUCAGUUAAACCAUAUGCAAGUUGCACUAAUUGUUGUAACUGUACUGCUGAAACCACUCCAGAGUUCUCCAGGGCUUUCCAAGGCUCUUCAUGCGGUUUUGGAUGUUUCCAACUGACAUUUGAAUGUUUUCAUUCAAUAUGGUGUGGCUGUGAAAAGUGAACUUUUCCCUGUGAAGUUCAUGGUGAGUUUUGCAGCAUUGCAUCCCAGCGUGGUGUGUGCUAUGGCAGCGACCUACAGGCUGAUGGUGACUUCAGUGAACUGCUACAGCAGCGUGGUGAUAGAGCAGCACUCCCAGCGCACUGUGCACUACUGCACAGGCUCCUGCCAGCUGCUCAAACAAGGACUAACCUGCAUAGUUGCCCACCACAAUAUCUGUGCGGAGUUCAGUGUCCAAGAUGCCAACCUGGACCAUAAAAUUCCCGUUCCUGAAAAUGGACUUGCCUUGGCUGGAAAUGAGGACUAUCACCACAUCCUCCCAAAUAAUCCAAGAAUAAAGAAGGGCUCUUCAGUGCAAGCUUCCAGCAGUUUAAAAGACAUUACUGGUGAGGCAAUAAACCUUGCCAGUGGUAAAAUAAAGGAAUUCUCCUUUGAAAAGCUCAAAAACUCUUCCAGUCAUGUGGCUUACAGAAAGGGAAGGAAAGUUCGGUCAGAAUCUUUCAGCAGACGAUCCUUUGAUUUUGACUUGAUUUAUGGGCACCUCAACAAUGAUGAGAACUGCCCUCCGUGUAGCUUUUUGCAGAGUCCUUCACCUGUGGAGAAAUGGCAGGAGAGCAAUGAUGCUCCAGAAGUCACCAUGAAUCCUGUGGUUCCCUUCUCCCCUCAUUCCUUCCCUGAAGAAAACUUCAUUACCCAGAUUUUAGAAAAACACAAGCUAGAUGGUUCUUCUGGUGGGGAUAUUAAGGUGUGCCUGGACAUCUUGCUCAAGUGCUCAGARGAUCUGAAAAAGUGCACAGACAUAAUCAAACACUGCAUCAAGAAGAAGUCUGCAGACGGCGUUGGUGGAGGAAACAGUAGUGAUCCUCUGGCUAAUUCAGAGAUGAUAUACAUGAAUCUGAUGACAAGRUUUUCUUCCUACCUGAAAAAGCUGCCCUUUGAGCUGAAGCCAGCAGGGCAGAGGGAAGMGAGUGACUGGGCAGAGCUGGUGAACUGUUUCCAUGGCUUACAGCAAACUCCCUUUCCCCCGGGAUUUGGUGAUGAGCAGCCACCCAGGUAUGAAGAUAUCAUUCAGUCGCCAUCCUCAAGUGCAGUUCCUCUCAUUCUGCCAGGUCAGGGUGAGGUUACAAGCACAUCCCAGUCCAUCCAAACAGGUACUGUGAGCUUCGCCUCCAGCUCCCUGCCCGCUGUCCCCCAGGAGAGCAGUGUGAGAGCUGUGACAGAUUCUCUACCUCAGUCACCAACCCUGAGCCCCUGUGACUGCACAUCUGCCACCGAGGCACUGUACAUCGAGGAAGAGUCUGAUGGGGACAGAAGGGCAGGGACAGGGAAGAAGGCAGAGCAGAAGGGAGGCUGGCAGAGCCUGGAGCGCAGCUACCAGCGAGCUGCUGGGGCAGACCUUCCUACUGAUGCUAAAGCAGGGCGGGCUAGGGUGGAAGAUGCUCCUGAGAACACAGUUCCUUUAAAGCCAGUGUCGGAUCCUGUGCUGCCUGGUGCCCAUGCUGGUGUCCCCAAAGGAGCCCAGACAUGCAGUCAGGUGGACAAGGAGGAGAUAGACAAACUGCUGCUGGACUUGGAGUGCUUCUCACAGAAAAUGGAGCAUACUCUGAGGGAGCCCUCUCAGAAGGAAGGCAAACCUGCCUCUCUGCAGGUGUGUGGCAGGCAGGGUAGGCAGACUCUACCUCUGGCUCCUGAACCCAAAAGUAAACCCACUGACCCCACUGCUUCUUUGACAAAAAUCAUGGAAACCAACGGUCAUAAAAUGGAAGAGGAUGACAAAGCCCUUUUACUGCGUAUCCUGGGAAGCAUUGAGGACUUUGCCCAGGAACUGGUGGAAUUCCAAACAGGCAAGGGAAGUUUGUCCAAGGAGAGGGAAGUGAUGCAAAUUCUCCAGGAAACUUUAGCAACUCCUUCACAGUCCCUUCUUGCCGGGCAAAAAAGCCAUGCUGGGGCUGCCUCCAGAGACUCUGUUCUACCUUCAAUUCAGCAGGCCCCAGAAGUGAUAAAGGUUCAAAGUAAACAAGACAAGAAGACAGGAACUUCACCCCCAGCCCCCCUGCAGCCCGUGGUCAGCCCUUGCACUCCUGUGAAUAAAGUGCCUGUGAAUAAAGCCACCAGCAGUACCCCUGUGCCCAUAAACAUUCCACGUUUCUACUUCCCUAAAGGACUCCCGAAUGUCUGCUCUAAUCAUGAAGAAAUCAUUGCCAGGAUUCAAGAGGCCUUUGCAGAGUUUGAGGAUGAGAAAGCAAACAUUUGUGAAAUGGGGAAAAUUGCUAAGAUCUGUGGCUGCCCACUGUACUGGAAAGCACCUCUGUUCAGUGCAUCGGGAGGAGAGAGGACAGGCCGUGUCUCUGUGCACUCCUUUGUGUCCAUGUGGAGGAAAAUCCUGCGGAACUGCCACGAUGAUGCCUCCAGGUUCACUUCCCUGUUGGCAAAGCCUGGCUGUGAGUGCCUGCAACAGGAGGACUUCAUCCCACUGCUCCAGGAUGUGGUGGAAACACAUCCUGGCCUCACGUUCCUGAAGGAUGCUCCGGAGUUCCAUUCCCGGUAUAUCACAACGGUUAUACAGAGGAUAUUCUACACAGUCAAUCGAUCCUGGUCGGGGAAGAUCACUCUAACAGAGCUGAGGAAAAGCAACUUCUUGCAAACUCUUGCUCUCUUGGAAGAAGAGGAUGACAUAAAUCAGAUCACAGAUUACUUCUCCUACGAGCACUUUUAUGUUAUAUACUGCAAAUUCUGGGAGCUGGACACUGACCAUGACCUUUACAUCAGCCAGAAGGACCUGGCUAGGUAUAGUGACCAAGCUUUGUCAAACAGGAUCAUUGAGCGGAUAUUCAGCGGUGCUGUGGUGAGAGGCACUGAAGUUCAAAAGGAAGGGCGCAUGAGUUAUGCCGAUUUUGUGUGGCUCCUCAUUUCAGAGGAAGACAAAAGGAAUGCUACAAGCAUUGAGUACUGGUUCCGCUGCAUGGACCUGGACGGGGACGGCGUGCUGUCCAUGUAUGAGCUGGAGUACUUCUACGAGGAGCAGUGCGAGCGCAUGGAGGUGAUGGGCAUCGAGCCRCUGCCCUUCCAGGACCUGCUCUGCCAGAUGCUGGACCUCGUCAAGCCAGAGAGGGAAGGAAGAGUAACCCUGCGAGACUUGAAGAGGUGCAGAAUGGCUCAUGUGUUCUUCAACACUUUCUUCAAUUUAGAGAAAUAUCUCGACAAUGAACAGAGGGAUCCCUUUGCAGUGCAAAAGGACAUGGACAGCGAUGGCCCCGAGCCCUCUGACUGGGACAGGUACGCRGCUGAGGAGUAUGAGAUCCUGGUGGCCGAGGAGUCUGGCAACGAGCAGCUCCAGGAGGGAUCAUGUGAAGAAGACUAUGACACAGAUGAAGUCUUACCUCUCCCUGAAACUGGAGACAAGUCAGACAAACUAGUUAUCUCAGAUUUCUCAGCAUAGAGAAGUGGAAGACACUUAGCCCAUGUCUUUCAAACUGGAGAGCAUUCAGUCCCAAGGCACUUUGGGGGUUUUCCUUAAAUCCAUCAUUGGAACAAUGUGCUUUAUUUUGUACACUGAAACUUGAGACCCCUUUCUGUGUAAUUGCUAUAAGGUAAUUUCUAUGAAAAGGCUUUUUACAAUACGUUAUCGUGCACAUUCACUGAAAAUGGUGAUUGCACCUUGUUUCAUUUAUAUAUAAAUUCUGUUAUGUCCCCAGAUGUGCAAUAAAUGCCAGCAUCUAAUGAUUACUUGUAACAGCUGCAAGCAGCAWCUCCAGUGGUCAUUUCUCAGUCAAUUCUGCCCCAUGCCACUCCAUCCCUUUGGCUUUAUACCAGGARUGACAAAAGAGCUGCCAAAAUAAUUUAAAUGUGUGUCUAGAAAUCUUCUAAAACACAGGUCACAAUGAAGUUCUGUUUUUCCUUCACGUCCUGGAAGCAAAUGGAAUGUGUCAGUGCAUGGGCAGAGCAAAGUCCCUCUGUUCUUUGUGCCCAGGUUCCUCACUGGACUGUUUCACUGCUGCAGUCCUGGGAGCAGUUUCAGCACUACACCAUGCUAUGUUCUCCAGGAAUUUGAGAGUGAGUUACCUGUUCCAGUCCUGCAUCCCCUCCUGUGCUGAUCUGCCUCUGGCUAGAGCUUUGUCUGUGUAGAUCUCUGCUUUSUGGGAGUGUUUUGUAGAGUAUUUACAGCAAAUACAGAUGUCUGCUGUUCAGCUGCUGUGCUGAGACUGCUGUGCCUGGUGUGCACCAGUUCCAUCCAUUCCUGUGCUCUCUCCUGGAGCCUUCUUUCACCUGUAAYCAAGAGACUAAGCUGAGAUAAUGARAAAACCAACACAGUAUUUUAACUAGUAAAGGAAUUAGUCUUUGUUGUUGCCAAAAAUUAAUUUUUCUCUCAGUCUGAGAGAGGAAAUGCUGUAACUAAUGAAUUCUUGCUUUAAGUGCAGAAUGAAACCAACUUUCUCCCUAGAAUAACAAGUGAUGCUUCUGCUCUCAGCAUACUCUGCUGCAGCUGUGCUUCCUGGUGAGCAGGAGCUGUCUGUGAUUCAGCACCGGGCUGAUUAGAACAAAUUCUUCCCAGUCCUUCAUUUUAUCCCUCAUAAAUGCACAAGCAGGUCUGGGCCUCACUUUGAGAGCUGGGGCAGAUCUGACUCUCCCAGCUGUGCCCAGUCCGUGCCCAGUGUGUGCCCUGUGGYUCCUGUGAGCUCCGUGUGCCAGCCUCGGGCUGUGCCUCCUGCUGGCAUUCCCAGAGAUGCCUCCCUGCUCCUGGCAGGCUUCUGCUGCCCUCCCUGGCUGCACAGCCUGCUCAGCACAGGAGAACCCGAGUCCCGGGGACAGGACGGGACUGGGUCCCUGCGGUACCUGCAGGGUGAUGAGCACACAAGUCUGGGCUGACCACCCUGUGCAGCCUCUGAAGCCCCGGGCCUGCCUCCUCUACCCACGGGGAUGUGCUGCUGCCUCCCUGGGCUCAGGAAUUCUCCCUGCAUGAAAAUYAGGAAGAGAGCAAGGUUUCACUUGAACCAACCAGAUGCAGACACAAGCCCCAGGAUCCUGGACCUGGUGUUUGGGAAACCCCUGGAUGCCCAGGUUGUUAGAAAAGGCCAUGCCAGGGCACCUGCAUCCCAUAAUAACAGAUGAAGCAGGGAGCACUCUGAGCAAACCAGGACAAGCCCCUGGAAUGCAGUAAGCAUACAGUGGGUCUGGAUCCCAUCUCCAUCACUGCCGUAACCUUGAAGGGAAAACCUUACCUGGGGUUAUUCUGCAAAUGCUCAAAUGCAGAACCACCAGGAGCUGACUGCAGGAAUGGACCCRGGAUGGAGCUCCCACAGUGCUGGGUGGAACCAAUCCAGCCACAUUUUUCCAAGAAGAACCUGGGCACAGCAGGAGUUCACCCUUCCCUCACUGCCAUGGGCCAGAGGGGCCUUUCACUCCCUGUACAUCUCUCCAAAGACAAGAGAUUCCUCAGAAGGAGUAAGAAGGACCUGACCCCRUUCUAGGCAGAAAUGGAACCCUUGUGUCCUCACUCCAGCAACAGCAGUCCUGGGAUGUUCCAUUUGCCAGUUCUGGAAAGCCUCAGUCACCACCACUGCAGGGUCUUUCUCAUCUGCCCUUUGCAGAGGACCUUUAAUUCAGCCCAGCUCUGAAUUCAGGCUCCCACCUCACACCUUGGCAGCCUGAACUGGUGCCUUGCUUUGCAGAAAGUGGAGCCCAGAGCCUGGGAACACUCACCAGUUGCUUUCCCAAGGUUUGGUUCAAUCAAUGGAGUCAGGAGCUSGUAGCUGCUCUGCUGUGCCCAAACCCAGCCCCUCCCUCCUGCCAACAGAGGUUCAGUGCUGCUACAACACAGAAGAGUCCAAACCCAGCCCCUGCUUUCAACACAAUAAAAAAAACCAACCAACUCAUUUACAGCAAAUGUUUUGCAUUCUAUGUGAACAGAAGGACAAGCUGCAGAAGCCAUUGCUGCCUUGGUGGUAGUACAAAACCUGCAGUAAUACUCCAAGAGUAAAAAUCCAUUCUCUGUCCCUAAAGUACCUGAAAAUAAYCCCAAUUCAGCAGGCACAGAGGCAUCAGCAGAGGAAGUGUUCUACACCCCAUUUGUGACUCAGCCACUCUUGAUGGAAGGUUUGUAACUCUGCAGGAUCUAAAUGAGGUAAAUUUGGGAAAUCUUUUACAUCUUUGCUCUUUCUGGGCUAGUCAAGGGUGCCUGUGCCCAGGCAGCAGAGCUGCUCAGAGCAGCCCCCGAGCUCAGCUGGCUCCAGGAACAAAGCAGCCCAGAAUCCCUGCCCAGAAGAGUUGUAGGAGUCCCUCAGCUCCAGCACUGCCUCCCUCUCCUUCAGUGCCACUGCAGGUGUUGCAUUCCUGGAAGGACACUGCCUGCAUUUUUCAGUGCGCUUCCAGCUCACACCCAAGGCUUUUUCCUUACGAGUAGUCAGAAAAGUGAGUAGCAUUUGCAUGAUAAAAAUAUGUUUGUGUUUAUUUGUUCUCUCUCGUCUGCUUUUGUCUAGCAAAAUGAACCCCUUGGUUUUUACUUUUGUACCACAAAUAUUUUCUCUCUGCAGUACUAAGAUGGGAGAUAUGGGUUUGGGAUUACUGCUGGUGUGGUACUAGUUGGAUUUUCUCUUUCUUCUAAAAUCUCAGUAGUACUUGCUGCAUCCCAGUUUUUGGCAGUGAACCCUUGGCAAUGCCCCAGCUCCCCUCCUGCCUCUGAGGGGCGAGUGGUGCAGAACAGACAUGGACAGCAACCAAGGSAGUCCAAAGCCUUCCUGCUUUCCUGAACCAAGGAUUGAAGCAAGCUGACUUGAGACRCUCUAACCAAGGUACUGGGCUUAGUUUCUGAAACAAAAUAGGCCUGAAAGACCAGUGCAGAGCUCACUGAACUGUUAUUGUAACAGUAUGGAUUUGGAGUUUCUGGAUCAGUAGCUUAGGUCUAUGCAAACAAAACUGAACCUCAGUGACAAGCACAAGCUACUGAAAGAAAAACAAAAACAGAGYUUCCCCUUGUGUGCUCCCCACUGUGUUGCUGGGUGCAGGGGUUAGAAACUGAAUAUUUAAUAAUAAUAAUAAAGAUUCUCAGACUUUGUAAGAGUAGCUUUGGAGACAUUUUGUGCUGGCAUGGUUUGAUCUUUGUAUUUUUACUUUGUAUGUACUUCUUUUUGGUAAAUAAAUGACUUUUGAAUUUAAAAUGGAAAACUGGUCUCAGUGGUGGGGUAGAGUGUUACUGCUCACUUCACCUCUGGCUGCUGUGCCACUCUCCUUCCCUGCUGUUGAAAGGAAUGAGAAGGUAGUGUCUUUACAAACAGACUGACUCUGGGGUGAGAUAAGGCUGAUAUUGGCAGAUGAUAGAAACAAUAGGAAGCAUUUGCACAGGAAUUCUACUGAUUGGCUUACCCCAGUCUAUGUUAAUAGACUACCUGAGCAGAGACACAGAGAUGGAUAUUGAAAGGGGGCAGUGUAUGGUAGAAGGAGGGUUUCAUCAGGCGUUUUGGGGAGCCUGUACCUCUCAAGUACCUCAGCCAAUGGGGAAAGAGAGAGGGAACAGCGACCGGGAAAUUGGGAUAAAAGGAGGCUGCGUCCUCUAUGAAUUUGAGAGACCCCAUGGGAAAUGCCCAUGACCUCUUCCUUCAUUCAUGAAUAAAG